CUGUCAAUCGACGCCAAUCGAUGUCUCUGAAACUUAUUCACACGUGUUUGCUGUUAAUCAACAAACAAAAUAAAAAUGGAUUCAAUUUUUAAACUGGAUCCAAAAGGCUAUCAGAAAUGUAAAGGUGAAAAGGAACCCAAUAUUGUUUACGAGGGAAAUUGGCUUUUGUCAAAAAAGAACGAAAGAAACGUCGAAGUGGAAGAAGUGAAACUUUUUGGCCUCGAUCUUGAUUGUUCAAAUGUUCUCAAUGUUGUAAGUUCUUUGUUUGACAAUAGAAAGUCCACAUCAAAAACUGACAAGCAUUCAGAUGUAGUAGUUGAACAUGUGGAAAAUGUGAAAAACUCCAAUGAACAGAAAAGUUUGAUUGGAAAUCUCACAUUGCCGGUUAACAAUGGUAACCAAGAUUUGUUCAAUUGGCGACAAACUGCAGAAGUGGACAUGCGAAGGUCGAAGCGGGCGUUGGAUCCAGGUCUUGAUCAGCGAUGUUCGCUUCCUAAUCUGGGAAAGAGGCGGCAGUCCAUAAUCAACAGAACUGAACGCGCCAAAACCGCGGGAUCUGGCUGGUUUGAUUUGUCCGCAACCGACAUUACCGAGGAAAUGCGAAACGAACUUAAAAUCAUACAAAUGCGAUCAGUGUUAAACCCCAAACACUUUUACAAAAAAAGCGACUCAAAAAGUUUACCAAAAUAUUUUCAUAUUGGAACUGUUCAAAACUUGGCUAUAGACCACUACAACGAAAAGAAAGCAAGAACGAGCAAGGCUCUUGUUAAUGAUCUGCUAGAAGAUCAAAACUUUCAAAUGUUCAACAAAAGAAAAUAUAAUGAAGUGAUUCAGCGCACCGACAAAUAUGCCCAAAGAAAAAUCAUUAAAAAAAUGAAAAAACUUAAGAAAAACAAAUAAAUAAAAUAUGUAUGUGGUUGAGCUUGAUUAUUUCUUAGCUGUCAUCACGUCCCUUUUCAACAAAA